UCCGGCUUCUGGGACCCGGGUGCACCACGGCUUCCGGUGUCAUGGCUGCUUGAAGUCCCGGGAGUCGGUGAGGCGGCUGCAGGUCCCUCCCUGCGGAGCCGCUGGUCCGGCUGGCGGAGAUGUGACCGCGGGCCCGGCCGGCCUGCCUCAGGCGUCGCGUCAGCUCCCGUGUCCGUGCCCUUAACCCACACCGAUGGCGGGAUCCGGCUGCGCCUGGGGCGCGGAGCCGCCGCGUUUUCUGGAGGCCUUUGGACGGCUGUGGCAGGUACAGAGCCGUCUGGGUAGCGGCUCCUCCGCCUCGGUGUAUCGGGUUCGCUGCUGCGGCAACCCUGGCUCGCCCCCCGGCGCCCUCAAGCAGUUCUUGCCGCCAGGAACCACCGGGGCUGCGGCCUCUGCCGCCGAGUAUGGUUUCCGCAAAGAGAGGGCGGCGCUGGAACAGUUGCAGGGUCACAGAAACAUCGUGACUUUGUAUGGAGUGUUUACAAUCCACUUUUCUCCAAACGUGCCAUCACGCUGUCUGUUGCUUGAACUCCUGGAUGUCAGUGUUUCGGAAUUGCUCUUAUAUUCCAGUCACCAGGGUUGUUCCAUGUGGAUGAUACAGCAUUGUGCCCGAGAUGUUUUGGAGGCCCUUGCUUUUCUUCAUCAUGAGGGCUAUGUCCAUGCGGACCUCAAACCACGUAACAUAUUGUGGAGUGCAGAGAAUGAAUGUUUUAAACUCAUUGACUUUGGACUUAGCUUCAAAGAAGGCAAUCAGGAUGUAAAGUAUAUUCAGACAGACGGGUAUCGGGCUCCAGAAGCAGAACUGCAAAAUUGCCUGGCCCAGGCUGGCCUGCAGAGUGAUACAGAAUGUACCUCAGCUGUUGAUCUGUGGAGCCUAGGAAUCAUUUUACUGGAAAUGUUCUCAGGAAUGAAACUGAAACAUACAGUCAGAUCUCAGGAAUGGAAGGCAAACAGUUCUGCUAUUAUUGAUCACAUAUUUGCCAGUAAAGCAGUGGUGAAUGCCGCAAUUCCAGCCUAUCACCUAAGAGACCUUAUCAAAAGCAUGCUUCAUGAUGAUCCAAGCAGAAGAAUUCCUGCUGAAAUGGCAUUAUGCAGCCCAUUCUUUAGCAUUCCUUUUGCCCCUCAUAUUGAAGAUCUGGUCAUGCUUCCCACUCCAGUGCUAAGACUGCUGAAUGUGCUGGAUGAUGAUUAUCUUGAGAAUGAAGAGGAAUAUGAAGAUGUUGUAGAAGAUGUAAAAGAGGAGUGUCAAAAAUAUGGACCAGUGGUAUCUCUACUUGUUCCAAAGGAAAAUCCUGGCAGAGGACAAGUCUUUGUUGAGUAUGCAAAUGCUGGUGAUUCCAAAGCUGCGCAGAAAUUACUGACUGGAAGGAUGUUUGAUGGGAAGUUUGUUGUGGCUACAUUCUACCCGCUGAGUGCCUACAAGAGGGGAUAUCUGUAUCAAACCUUGCUUUAAUCAGUAACCUAAGGACUGUUUCCUUUUUCUCCUCUUCCAUUUCUUGGGUUAUUCCACAUAUGAAUGCAGGACUACCCCCUUACCAUUUUAAGAAGGUACUUUAUACAUUUAUUUAAUCCUACUAAUGUGCAGCCAUUGCCCAAGCAGCGACUGCGUUGCAUACAUUUGGCACUGAGUAGGACAAGACCUCUCAGCUAUACAUUGAGGGGUUUUAGAGCAUCCAUGUGGGCAACCGUUUUUUGUGCAGGACAGCAGGUGUUGCUCUUCAAUAUGUAGCCUAAAAAAAUCUUAAUUAUUUCAUGGAUCAUGAAGCAAGGAUGAAUAACAUCAUGUCUUGGUAAAUACAAAUUUGUUAGGUUUGGUGACAUCAUUUACAGAUUAUUUCUUUAUGUUGUCCAGUGGUUCUUCCUUAUUGUUGAUAUCCAUAAGCUGGCACUGGAUGCUCUCAGUAAUGUUAAGUAAUUGUCAAGCAGCAGUUACCUACUGUGUUCUUAACACUGAGUUGUGAAUUUUUUCUUAAAGCAGUACUGUAGUACUGAAUAUUCCUUUAAAGGAACUGCAGUGAGCCUAUCUAAGUUUUUUUAAAUUAAGGCUUUUAAAAUAGAAAGCUGAUGCUUGAUCUUGCACAAUUUUUAUGUCUAGUAUGUAUGCUUGAGUGAAUGUGCGAGUAUGAAUGAUUAGAGAAAAUUUGAGUCAGUGUACUUUAUAGUGUGAAUCCUGUGAGCUAAUACAGUCUAUACUCAUUUCUUCCCUACCUGUUUCACAUCCGUAAGAUUUAGGAUAUACAUUUUUUGAGAGGUAGUCUGUCUGAUACAAUGUAAAUGACAAAACAUAAUUCCUGAGAGGCCCAGAACAAACUGGAGUCUAGCCUGGAGUUAAAUUGAGACUUCUAAAAUGAUUGGAACAAAGACUAAGUUGUGCCAGAUGUAAAUCAACCCCUCUUUUAGUUUACUUUAGACUUUGUAUUAGCUCAUCUUUUUUGUAGUAAAUCUAUAGUUUUAAGGUUUCUCAAGAUGUGGCUCUACCUACUAUGAUGAAAAUUGAAGUGGGUCAAAAGAAUUAGAUGUACAGUGAAGGGAAAAGAAAAAAAAUGGGCGAAGAGAGGGUGGAAAAUAAAAGGAUUCUUUUUUCUUCCUUUCUGUUUCUCGUAUCCCUGCUCCCUUUUUCCUCCCCUUCCCUCAUUCUUUGCCUCUAUCCUUAGCUGAAGGGAAACUAGAGGAACAGCAUCCCACAUAGUUUGGCUUUUGACUGCAAGGUAGUUAAGAAAGGUGUAGAUAUAAUGAGGUAGAAGUAGAAAGGAAGAAAAACUCAAAGAAUUCCUAAAAGGAUUCAUAGCAACCUAAUGUGUCCCUGAGUAGAGGAUGCUGCUAUGCGUGAGUUCAUGGACACAAGUUGAUUACAUGGUUUUUAGAAUUAUAAUUAUGGAUUCUUCUUAUUUCAUGGUAGGUUGUCUUUAAAUAUAUAAAAAUUAGGAUGCCUUUAUGAAGCACUGAUUAUACCAAAAAAAAAAAGACAAGUUAUAUACAGGUUAUUAAUUUUUUUAUUUAUUUAUUUUUUCCUAAGGAAAGAGUCUUCUAUCUUUCCCUGCUGGAAGCCUCCUCACAUUUCCUUAUGUUUGCCAUGCAGGUUGCUGAGAGUCCAAUUAGAAUUUGCAUUUUACAGAAUGAAAUACUUUACCCCAUUCAAACAAUUACUGUUUGACAUUUUAGUUAUUUAUAAUUGUCAAAUUCAGGACUCUCCUUUAAUGUUUAUUAUGAAACCAAAUUUGGCAUAAGGAGGCUGAUUUAUGAAUUACCAAAGGGUCUUGUGGCAUGUUCCCCAAUACAUGCCCUUAGAAGGAAGAACUAUUAUUUUUUAUUUUGGCCCUUUCAGGAGUUGAUUAUAAAUCCUGAAAAUUUAUAAUCAACAAAUUUAUAAAUUGGUUUGUUUUCAAGUCAGAAUUCAAGUGGGCAGAACCAGUAUUGUGAAGACCUAAACUUUCCUAAAUGUUCAUAUGGGUAGCAGAUUUUGUGGUGAUUAGAAACAUCAGGUCCUUAAAUACGAUGAACAUGGGAUACAAAGGAAUUCUUUAUAAGGGCAAGUAUCCUAAGUUAGCACAUUUACUUUUCUCUCCCCUCUGCCCCCAAAAGAAAAAUCCUUACAAAUAAACUGCAGGUAGGCUUCUAAGCCUAGUCCUGCAGUAUGCUGCUACCAUCUUGAUGCCAAUCUUCACAGCAUUCUUUGAUUGUCAUCUUAUUGCUGAUACAUUCAUACAUAUAUUUAGUGCUUGACACUGUAGAAUUUUGUUACAGAAGAUGGUUACUAGAUUUUAAGGGAGCUGAGGGAAUAAUUGAUGAGCCUUGAAUUAACCAUGCAUUUAAUUAGAUGUUUUUUUUUGUUGUUGUUGUUUUUUUUUGAGAUGAUGUCUUGCUCUGUUGCCCAGGCUGGAGUGCAGUGGCUCAAUCUCGGCUCACUGCAACCUCUGCCUCGCAGGUUUGAGCGAUUCUCCUGUCUCAGCCUCCCCAGUAGCUGGGUUUACAGGCGCUUGCCACCACACCUGGCUAGAUGUUUUAUAUUAAAGCCAGAGAAUUGAAAAAGAAAUGCCUCCUGUGAUUGAAAUUAUUUUAUAGCUCUUAGCCCGUUCUACCAAAGAUCACAUUAGCAGAUUACCCCUCCCUCCUGUGAUAUUAUCUUUCUUAAACCUGAACCAAAUAUCAAAAGAUACAAGUUUCAUGAUUAGGAUGAAAUAUAUACAUAGGGAUUUUGGUUUAUUGAAGUUAUUGAAAGACCUAGAAAUUUUCUUUUUGAGAGAAAGGGUAAAGAGGUGAGGGUUCAUGUCACUUAACCCCUACCCUUUUGGGCAAAUUUUGUCUCAGGUAGUGUUUUAUUCCCUAAAUUAAUACCUGUGCUUCCUUGCCUCUCACCUUCCCAGUUACUUCUUUGGGGUAUUACUGUGGCACAUUGUACACCCAGAAAAGGCACAUACAGUGAUUAUUUUGUGGGAAAUACUUGAUUCUUUUGAAAUAUAUUUGGAGGGGGUAGCUAGCUAGCCACUGUCAAAACUAAUGCUGUAUUUACAGGACAAAAACAAGUAGAGUUGGACACCUCAGUAAGAGACAGCAUUAACUAAAAGUACUGACUGCCUUUUAAAGGAAUUUUUAAAACUAUCCUCUUGCAAUAAGAGAUCCGCAUUUAUUACCACUGGAUGUCUUCCUUUUUUGUGGCCACCAAUAUAGCAGCUCUCUUUAGAGGGAUUCCCUUUCUGCUAUGCCUUGAGCCAAACUGGCUGCUUUUAGAACAAAAACCAUAAGUAUGGUUUUACUCGAACUUCUCUUUGUUUUUAUUGAGAGAAAUAUUGCCUUCUUUUUGGUACUCCAGCUGCUAAAGAGUGCUGAGAUAUGUUAAAUUAUUUUUUAAAAGAAAAUCUCCGAAUACUUAUUUAACUUGUCUUCUAGAUUCAUGUUGCUUAUAUUUUAACUAUUGAGCAAGUUUAUUAUAAGGAAUGCUGCCAUAUAGAGAAAGCUGAAGAGAAACCAUGGGCAGAAGGCUUUUUUCUGUCUUAUUACACUGGACCUUCACUCUGGUAAGGGCAUCAGUUACUUUUCUGGAAUAAAAGGCGGAGUUAGAGCACUUAUCAGAUGCUGUUUCAUGGCUUGUUUUAGUUAAUUCAUCAUGCAGAUAACUAACAUUUGGGUAUCUUUUUGUUUUAGGUCUUAUUUUCUGACUGUUAGGCCUAUCUUACACAUAAGUUCUACUAUCAAUAUACUUGGCAGCAUGAGUUUUUUUUUUUUUUUACAGUUAAUUUAAUGAAAAUCAGCACCAUUGUAAAUGAUAGUAAUUGUAACAACAUAGUUACUGGGUGAAGGAGUAGGGGAGACACUCAGUAACCAUAUAUUUACCUAGACACUUAUGCAAGGGUACAUGCUAGGUGGCUUUAUUCAGAUUCGGGUACAUUGGAAUCACAUCAUGACUUUGAGUCUGAUGGAUGUGUAGAUAAAGAUUUAAGCAAGUGCCUUGUGUUUCCUGGAAAAUAUUAAAACUCAUUUGAGUGAAAGCUUCCCAGAUGAUGAUAAUUAAUAGCACUUCUGCCUUUUUCCUGGAGUAACUUUUAGACUGAGUUACAUAUGAUAGUAUAAAAGUCCAAAAUUUUCUUGGUUUACCUUUGUUUUAUUUUUCAUAUAUAUAUUCACUGUCUGCCUGGAAAUAGCCUUGGUUUACCUUAUUUUUUUGUAUGUGUAAAACUAUUCAUAUUUGAUUUUAUUCCAAUAUUAUAUAUGAUGGAAAAGCCAGAAUUGUCUGGCAGAAUUUAAUUCUUCCUUGGAUCUCUAGUUCUGUUUUUAAUAUCAGGUUCCUUCAUCAAAUUUUAUUACUGUAGCUCUCUGAUAUAAUUUCAUUUCUUGUCAAUUAUGGUCACAUAUAGACAAGUACUUGGUCACAAUUAGCUCAAAAGAAUCCCCAUUUCUUAAGGUGCUCAGUCAGUCACCUUUAUUUUGAGAUGGUAGUUUUUCAAGUUAGUAUUACUACUAGCUUUCUUGAUGAAUAUAAAAAUGUCUCCAUCAUACAGAGCUGAGCCUCGUGGUAUAUUAAGAUAAGUCUCAUUCUUAAUCACAGAAGAACAUGGAUGUUUUAGUUUUUGGAGUACCCAGAAUUGUAAAGAUUUUGUUUCACUUUGUUUUAGGAUAGCUUCUCUGCCUGAUACUAUAGGAUAUGUCAUGUUCGUUAUUGUAGCCACCUCCCUCAGAUGUUUUUCACUAUUUUUAAAUUAUAUAAUGACCAAUAGAUUCACAGUAGCAUGUACUUGACAAGUGCCAUGGAUAUUUAAGAAGAAGGUAAAUAAUUUUAAUAUUUUUUGCUGUAAUUUUAUAGGAGCAGUGGACUGUAAGAGAAAUAUCUAUAAAUCAGAGAGUAUUUAGGAAACUUUGUAUUUUAUAGGUGGUCAUUAAAGUGAUCUUCAGGAUAUAAGAUAGUUUACACAAACUUUAUUCUCCUGAUAGGAAAUUUUUAUUCAUUUUCCUACCACUCAGCACUUUUGUUCUGCCUUGUACUGCUUAUGAGGAUUAAUGUUUUAAAUUUGCUUUAUUUGUGCUUUUCAGAGAGUUGUCAUAAUUGUGGCAGUUGUGUUUGUGGCACUGUAAAUGCUGAAAUUCAUGGGAAACUUAUCAAAUGGCUGCUUGAGUGUUAUUUCCCAUUAAAUUGGGUAGCUGUCACAAUAACUAGAAGAAAUCUUGUGGCUCUUUUGAAGAAAGCCAUGUAUGUUUUGUUACCUAGGUUCAUAGUAUUUUAAUUUAAAGGCAAAGAGAAGCAUUCUACUUAUUUGUCUUAUAAACCAUUAAUCGUUUUUUGUGCAGAAGAGAGCUUAUUUUGUUAUACUGCUUUGUAUGAUGGAAAUAAGUCACAUUCUGGGGGGAAAAAACUGGAAUUGUUUGUAUUUUGUUUUUUUGGGGGGGGGGAUCUUUAUGUGAAAAAUCAGAGCUACUUGUUACCAUAAGCCCUUACUAUCAACAAGAUAAUUAUUUGUAAUCACUUUUUUAUCCCAGGUUGGAAUUGCUUUCCCCUUCUAAGUUAUCUUCCCUUAAUAAUAUUUAUGAUACCAGGACAGUGAGGGUAUAAGAGCAAAUGUAGUGAGCUAUUCAAAAAUCCUGCAUAUAUGGACUCAAAAGUUCUUUAGUUAUUUGAAUUAUAUAUAGCUAUAUUAUUUUAUUAGCUUGGGUUGUCAGAAGAUUGCCAAUUUUAAGAGUAAAGAGGAGAGAGAUAAGUAAUAAAAAUAGAGGAGGGGAAGAAAAUGGCUCCCUUACUGGUCUUAGUAAUCUUCUAUAUAGUUAAUGAGCUAAAAAAUGAUACUUAAAGUUCCAGGUUUGGUACCGCUAGCAUAGAAACAUUGCCUUUCCUACACAUUCCUCAUCAUUGUUUCCUCAGAAAAUUAUUUUAAGAGUUUGUGAAACCAGAUUAAAUAUCUAUAUUCAGCUUGGCCUAAUUUUUAAAAAUAAAUAUUUAUACUCCAGCUUUUGUGUAUUUGGUGUACAUCACCACUUAUGCAAAUCAAGGAUCAGAAAACUGGAGGUUAGCCAUCUCCAUUAUUUCCUUUUGCACAUUGGGUACAGUGGGUGGCAUUAGUAUGCACUAGCUGCAAAGUCACAGCACCUUAUGGAAAUAAGUAUGUUUAUUAUAAUAAAAAAAAGUUAAGCUGCAUCUCUGUAGAUUAUUUACUUUGCAGACUGUAAAGCUGCCAUAUCUCUUCCAGCAGAAUUUACUCUUCCAUUCUUAAUUCUUUUUUGAAAUAUCUUAAAUAAUUUAACAUUCCUUUAUAACCUCUUAACAGUGUCAAAACUGGGGUAGAAGGGAUUUUAUUUUUUCCCAAAAGGGUUCCAUCUUUGCUAUCUGUUGAUCAGCCUUAGAAAAUCUAAGUAUGAUCAAUAAAUUUUAAUGGUUUAUGGCAUCCUGUGUCAGCUGGAGUAGUUGGUUGUGAAUAUUAAAACCCAGUACUAUUUUCCCUCAGUAACAUGUAAUUGCUACAUUUUUUAUAAGAAGGUAUGGUUAGAAAAAAAUGUGAAAGAUCACUUAAACCAAAGCCAGUUACAAGGAGUAAUCUCUCCUGUUGGUUUACCUUCACCUCAGAACUACAAGAAUAUUACAAUACAUAGUGAAUAGUUGUCUGUAACAUUUCUACCAGUUGUUUCAGUAGCAUAUUGGUCUUGGCAUUUCUUGGCACUGUGGUUCUGCUGUAUUAUUUGUGAUGUCUUAUUGUUUGUGAGCUUUUGUUUUUUUUUUAAAGAAAAAACAAAAAACAAAAACUAAGUGGGACUAUAUAUGUAGAUGUGUGUCAGUACCAAAAAGUUAUUUUCUCAAAUCCCUAAAUUUCUGAUUUCCAUUCAAGUCUUUUAAACUCUUUCCUGCUGAAUAGCAAAGAACUUUUAUUUUCCACUUUCCUAUAUUCCUAAAAAGUGUGAACAGUGCGUUUCAGUUGACUGUAUUGCAUACUUUUUUGCUGAAGACUUUUUCUGUAAACACAAUUGCCUUGUUCAGUUUUGUUGUAAACUGACUUACCAUAAGAUGCACUGUUGAUAAUGCUUUCUGAUGUGUGUUUGAUAAGAGUGAUAAAAUAAAAGCUUAAAAAUAAA